AUCAAAACACUAUCGGAAAUUGAAAAGUACAAAAACAAUUGUUUCCAAAAUCUGAGCAAGCAAGUGUUUGGCAUAUACAUCUACUCGUUUAAGGGAGUGAUCCGAAAUUUUUGCUCUAAAAAGGAGUCCAAGCGCCUGGAUGAAAUAAUAGCGUGCACACCCUGUAUGAAUAAAUACAGCAAUGUGAUUGGCAAAUGUUACGACACUAUUAUUAAUGAGUUAUUGGGUGCUAAAAAUGCACCAGAAAAUAAACGCAUACCCCACAUGUGCUGCGAUUACCUAAAAUACCUGAAAUGCUGUGAGGAUGGGUUAGCCGGCAAAUGUGAGCCCAAACACAUCGAGACCGGCAUCUGGUUCACCAGAAUGGUGUUCGGCGACGCUAUUAACCUAUUGUGCGGUGACUAUACCGAGGAGUCCGAUAAGUGCAGUAAACUAGGGCUGACCAAACAAGUAGCCAGCAUACUUAUCUACUCGUUAAAGAACUCAAUCGCCCAGUUAUGUAGCAAAGAGUCCAAAAAGCUGGAUGAGCUCAUAGCCAGCACCAAAUGUAUCAAUACGGCCACACCGGAAAUCAACCGGUGCUACACGAACCUCAUAGACGGCAUGUUGGGUACACUAAAUGCCCCUGAUAAUAAAAAGAUACCGCACGUGUGUUGUGAAUAUUACCGUAUAUUCCCGUGUAUUUCAACCAAAACCAAACGCAUACCGGUUUGCACUGAACAGCACGUGGAGACGGCAUUGAAUUUCGUGAAAUCAAUGUUAGGCAACGCCAUAGACCUCAUAUGCAGCGACUACACCGAAGGUAGCGAUAAGUGCGAGACAUUGGGACGACCGCCGAAAAAGUUGAAGUCUCAGAGGCGUACCAAAAUAGUUUGUGCGGUAAUCGGUGUCUCAUAUGCAGCCGAUUGUGACGUGAAUGAGGCCCGUCGUAUAGACGGUGCGAUGGCCAGGCUGUUGACUAUUGGCAACUCCGGUAGGAGUUUCCCGGAGUCCAAGGGAGACGACUUGAAACAGUACUGCGAGUAA